AUGUCUCGCUUCUUUAAGAAUUGGAAAUUUUACAUUAUUGAUAUCAAAAUACCAAAAGACAGGCUAGACAAUUGCAAAAAUCAAAUAAUUAAUCACGGUGGACAACUUGCAGAAACUAUAGAAUGUGCCGAUGUUUUAUUGACUAUCUUAAAAACCCCCUUAAGAUUAGCGCGUUAUGUGCCAGAAACUCAGAAACCUAUAUGUUCUAUUGACUGGGUUGAAGAAUGUCAAAAAAAUGGACAAAGGGUACCAUAUGAUGGUUAUUUAAUUUCUCUGAAUUUUGAAAAACCUUACGAAACUUCACGAUCUCUUGAAAAGGAAAAUCUUGGGGAUACGAUUGAGAUUAGUCAGUCUGAAUCAAGCAUUAGCGAUGAAAGGACUUCUGAAAGCUAUACUGAUGAAGAACAAAAUUCAGAUAUAGAAACUGUAGACGAUUUAAAUCCUCAUUUCUUAAACACAAAAUACGAAUGCCUUCGUCCUACGCCACUUAUGCCCGAACACAACCAAUCUCUCGUGGAACUGCUCGAAGUGUUGGAACAUUCACGUGAAUUGAAUGGUGAAGGGAGGAAUGCAUUGGCAUAUCGUCACGCGAUUUCAGCCUUAAAGGUUUAUCCAUGUGAUAUUAAAAGUUACAAAGAAGCUCGGAAAAUAAUAGGAAUUGGACCAAAAAUUGGUAACCAUAUAAAAGAAUUUUUAUCAAAAGGCACAAUUCCCGAAGCCGAAGAAAUUAUGGCAAGCGAAAAAUAUCAAACUUUGGAUCUUUUUUCGCGUGUUUACGGUGUUGGCCAUAAGACAGCCUUGGCAUGGUAUCGAAAAGGUUAUAGGACAAUGAGAGAAUGCAUGAAGGAUCCGUAUUUAACUCACGUUCAGAGAUUAGGUUUGGAACUAUUUGAUGAUUUUCAGAAAAAAAUGUCUAGACGAGAUAUACAAGAAAUACUAAACAUUUUGGAUAAAGAGAUUAAGUCUAUUUAUCCUAAUUGUAUAAUAACUCCUGUUGGGGGGUAUCGUCGCGGGAAAGAAUUCAACGGAGAUUUAGAUGUCGUCAUAUCACAUCCUCAAGAGGAAGUCGCGAAUAACUUGUUGAAUGUUAUAGUAGAAAUGCUUUUAGAUUCAGGGUAUUUGAAACAUAAACUUUUUUACGGACACAUAAGUGCAAAAAAUAAAAAGAGUAUUCCAAACGCACUUUUUUCUUUUCAUAGAAAUGUCAUGGAUAAACUUGAUAAGUGCUUUUGUGCUUUUAUUCAACCAAGUGCACAAAUAUGUCGACAAGUAGACCUUAUAAUAGCCCCUUACUCUCAAUAUCCAACAGCGGUUCUUGGAUGGACAGGUGAGGAUUAUGCAAAGAAGGAGAAAAAAAUGACAUUCGCUUCUCAUGGACUUUUCUCAAAUGUUAUUUCAAGAAAACGCAUCCAUGCAAUUUCUGAAAGAGAUGUUUUCGAUAUCUUAGGAAUUCCUUGGUUAGAACCAGAAAUGAGAAAUUGUUAA